GUUGAAAUUGUCAAAAACAAUGGUUAUGCCGUUGAAGUACACGAUGUCGUCACGGAGGACGGUUACAUCUUGGAGUUGCAUCGCAUCUCGGGAAACAAGAGCGGACAAGAACCAACCAGAAACCAUCCGGUGUUCGUGCACCACGGCAUUCUGGGAAGUUCGGCGGAUUGGGUGCUCGGCGGGGCCGAUAUAUCGUUACCGAUGCAACUAUCCGACGCCGGGUACGACGUGUGGUUGGCCAACUGUCGGGGUAACACCUACAGCAGAAAGCACUCGACGAUGACAUCCAAGCAAAGAGAUUAUUGGAAUUUUAGCUUACACGAAGUCGGAACGUUCGAUUUGCCAGCUUCGUUCGACUACAUUCUAAUGAAGACCAAUGCGCCGCAACUCCAUUACGUAGGUUAUUCGAUGGGCACGUCCGUGUUUUUCAUAAUGGCUUCUGAAAGACCAGAAUACCAUCACAAGAUUAGGUCUCAAAUCAGUCUCGCACCGGUAGCCUACUUGUUCAACACAAGAUCAUCCGUAAGACAUAUCGCUCCGUACGCGGAGAAGUUGAAYGUAAGUUUUUGAUCAACAGUAUAUAAAUAAUUUAUAUUAA